UGAACUUACUUACUUCAAUACUGAGUUAACUGAAUCUGAACUACGUGAGAUGGUAAAGAUUGCAACAAUCGAUGAUUAUAUUACAGAUGAGGAGGAACUAAGUGGAAAUAAUGAUGAUGCAUAUGAAGAAAGCCCAAAUUCAUUAUCUCAAACUAAUAUAAUUUUAGAAGACUUUGUAAAUUUGCGAGACCCUAUCUUUCAAGAUAGAGAAGUCACACAGUUUGAAUUUUCUACUGAAAUUGCAGACUUUAAUAUUGAAGGUGACAUUGAUAUGGACUUUAAUCCUGAGGAUCUUGUUGAUACUGUUUUAAGUGUUGAAUUAUAA